AUGGGUCCUGAUAUUUGGGAUUUCAGCAAGCGGAGGCUUAGCUGGAAGCACUGGAAAUGGGGCACUGCGGUCAGGAUUGUCUUUGAGCCAUUUGAAAACCUCUCAAUAUUCUGCAGUCCUGACCUUGAAGAGUACAAAAGCAUCCUGAUGAUGAUCUUUGCUGUCAAUGAGAUUAACCAGGACCCCGAUCUUCUGCCCAAUGUUACCCUGGGCUAUCGUAUGUUUAGUACUUGUAAUGAUCCAAAGAAAACUUUGGGAUAUGCCAUAAAGAUAUUUUCUGGAGAAAAGAAAGCUCCCAACUAUUACUGUAAGAGACAUGGAGAAGUGGUCGGUUUUAUCGGUGACACUACUUUCCAAUCAAAUCAUGCGCUGGCUCAGUUACUUAGUCUGUAUCGGUAUACACAGCUGCACAAAUAUGUGAGAAAUCUCCAUUACACCGACCCCGUCAGAGACAAGAUCUACUUCAAUGAGAGAAGAGAAGUUCCCACCGAUCUUUCUUUACACUUUCGGGUUAUUCGUAACAAAACAUUUUUUGAUGACUUCCAAAUUUCCUUUAUCCAAGGCCCAGAUUAUGUGACUAAAACAUUUCCCGAUAUGAGUCGUCCCUCCUUCUGGAGAAGAGGCAAAAUAUGA